GACAGGUCUGAUUAUGUUUUUCGAGUCAAGAUUUCAAUUGUAUUUCCUUUCAUUAUAAAGCUGGCGUAACGAAGUUAAAGAAUUCCUGGAGAAUUACGAAGUUGUUAUUCUCCCCACCACCUACAUGGCAGAUUUGAGGAUAUUUUGAUAGAUAAAAUGAUGAGAUGCUAGCUAAUUUGUCCUGAAAAAACUAGUCACCGUGUGGACCAACCCAGUCUUACUUAGGAAGAGGUAAACCAAGAUUUCAUUUUCAAGAUGGAAAACCCAUCCGACUCAGCUGUGAUUCUACCUAGCACUCCACGGGCCUGCGCCAAUCCACCAUCUCCCCGUACAAGUAGCACAAGAAAACAACCUAUGAGUGCAACACUUAGAGAACGAUUGAGGAAAACUAGAUCUUCAUUUAAUUCCUGUUACAGUGUGGUGAAACGUCUUAAAGUAGAGAAUGAAGAAAAUGAUCAGACUUUUCCUGAGAAACCAGCAUCUUCAACAGAAGAAAACUGUUUGGAACUUCAAGAAAGUUUUAAACACAUAGAUGGUGAAUUCAAAGAAAGUACAUAUUUGAAAAAUACCUUCAAGAAUAUCAGUGCAUGUGAAUCUAAAUCUCUUGAUACUGAGUCAUGCAGUGAUCUCCAAAGUGACUUUGUGAAUGAGGAUCUUCCCAAACAAGGAUUAAGUGAAGAAAGAGCAAAAUUGGUGAAGCAGAUUGAGGAGAAAGAAGACUUUCUUCGGAGGCUAAAACUGGUCAAAAUGUAUAGAUCAAAGAAUGAUCUGUCUCAGUUACAGGUGUUAAUACAGAAGUGGAGAAGCUGUAGCCAGAUGUUGCUUUAUGAGUUGCAGUCAGCUAUGUCUGAGGAGAACAACAAACUCAGCCUUACUCAGUUGAUAGACCACUGUGGGUUAGAUGAUAAAUUGCUACACUAUAACAGAAAUGAAGAAGAAUUUAUCGGUGUUUAAUUCAUAAUUUUUUCUCCAGAAUAUUUUUGAGAAUGACAACUUAAAAGAUAAUACAUUUUAAAAGGAAGGUAGAAACCAUUAGGGCCUAGAGAAAGGUAUCUUGAUGAACAUCAAUUUAGGGUACUCUGUUAUAUAAAUAUAAAAUAAGUUCUAAAAUGAAAAUUUAGUAUUUUGGAUAAAUUUGCCAAAGAAAACUU